GCAUAUCGUUAGUUUUGAUAUGGAAAUAUCUUCAUAGAUGACUAGAAGUUGGUUCUGUUCUUUUGUCAAAAGUUAAGUGAAAAUCAUUGCCCAUGAUCUUACUUCUACCUGUAUAUGAAAAAACUUUGGAAAAAACCUUUGAAACUGUAAGGAAUAAAACAAAAUGCACAGGGAACGUAGUGUUGAUAUUUUUGGCCUAAAAGUGAAUCAUUUAAUUCUUGCUAGAGAGGCGGGUAGAACUCGUCAGGGAAAUCUUAGGCAUCUUGCCGAAUAGAUUCAAAUCAUUAAUUCUUGCUGAAGCCUUGUUUGUUGUGACAGGCACUCCUGCCAGUGCAAUGCACUAUGCCUUUGAGCAAGUUGUUAAUUGGUCACUCUUGGAUAAUCAUAUUGACACACACGACUACAACCGAAUGUACUUCGUGAAGUUUUGGUUGGGAAUGAUCCAUCAUGAUGUCGAAGGCGGGUGGCUCUCUACAACUCAUGACUGAAGAAGGGGCAAGUCUGCGUGUGAGUCAUCGGG